AUGUCAUCAUCACUAAGGGCACAGGUUCCUUCAGCAACGAAAUGCAACUGCUGUCCAUAUGGCUUUCAUAUUGAUCUUGAUUUCGUGAAAUUUGCUGAAAAUGUUGCCAACGGUAGCUCACCUGAGCAGCAGCAAAUGCAUAAGGCUAAACCAAUUCGGAGAGGUUCUAAUCAACCGUCACUAUCGUCCAAGUCGAAUCGUACGGUAUCACCCAAUCCGAGAAAUGUUAUGAGCCCUAUGGAAUCAAUUUUCAGUGAUUCACUGGAAAAUAUCGUGAGUGAUUUCGAAGAAACAUUCAAUCCAACUCGUGAUUAUUGCUCAGAUCGUGAGAGUGCAACCGUGCAUUUUGAACAAAUCAGUCGGCCUAACAAUGGAUAUCUCUCCGAUUUUGGCCCACAAAUUAAUCGACAAGCGCCAUCUGGAAUAAAUAAAAGUCAAUCGUCGUCAUACUAUCAGCCACCAUACGACACUCACGCAUCGUCACCCGUGAUUACGAAUGGAUUUCAUGACGCAAUUUUCUCCUCAAAAAAACCACCAGUUCCGCCGUUCUCAAGCACAACAUCAUCGUCACAAUCUUAUUGUACUGCGUUAGGCCGGACACUGUCAGAGAUAAAGGCGAAGCAACGUGAAGAGCGUGAACUGGAUGGGCGACGAAGUGCUUCUACGGUUACCACAAACGCUUAUCAGAAGCAUCGUGACGUUUCACGACCUAAUGAAUUUGUCACUAGAAGCGGAUAUGAGUCUGAACGAUCGUCGUAUGAGCAAGGUAAGACGCAUUACUUGGGAAGUAAGACACCGGACAUGAGUAGGAAGAAAUUAACAAUGAUCAACAACUAUCACAAUGAUACAGAACCAGUACCACAUUGGAGAAGAGGAGGGCACGUAGAUUCAUCGAAAAUGCAUAAGAGCACUAGUCAGCAACUGAAUAUGGAUGGGUUUGCGAGUGUUAGAAGGAAAAAAAUUGAUGAUGGUUAUACGGAAUGUGAACCAAGCAAACAAUCUCCUGUUUAUACGGAAUGUCGUCAAAGUAACCAUGCAGAUUCACCCCCAUAUGGCUCGUUACCAUUACGGCGACAGUUAGACUCGUUAAGAACGCAAAUCAGACAAGUCUCCUCAUCGAAUCAACAGACAUUUAACGUCUCCUCAUCCAGCUCGAUAAGAGCAUCUCCUGCAGUCGAUGUUGCCGUGAAUUUGCGCAAUAAUGAAACAAAAAUGCCAAAUAAUGAAGUUCCUCGCACUGUUUGUUCAGUUUCCACUUCGACACCUCCUGUUCCACCAACAAAACCUUGUAGUGAUUGUUCCAUGCUUAAACAACAAUUACUUGAUCUUUCAAAUAGAUUAGUGACAGCUGAAAGUUUAAAUAUACCGAGGCAGUACAGUGAUAAGUCUGAAGGUACGGGUGACAGGCAACAGCGUAAUGUAAGUGUAGGUACGGCACGACUGGAAACUGCAGAAAAAAGUGUCGGGCAAUCUCGGCCUGUAACACUUGAAUUUGGUACCAUCACCGACCCUCUUCAUAAAGUCGAUUUUGCGGGCGAUACAUUCGUCAUCGAAAACGUUAACAAGGCGACAGGUCUAUCUAAACUGGAUGCGGUAAAUGCUAACUGGGUGCGCGAUUCCAGCUGUUCGCCACCUCCAGUAAUUCAGCAUCAUUCCAUAGCGAUCGGCACAGAACCGCACGAUUCAACGGCUGAUUAUUCGAAACUUCGUGAUGCGAGCACGUUAACUAUUCUCGACGUAGAAGCAUUGCUAGCCGUUCAACGAUAUCAAUCACCUAAACGUGAAUGUGUUUCUGCUGAAUGCUACACUGAACCCAUUUGCACCAAAGAGAAUGGCAAUGAUGCGCCGCCGUAUCUGAGUACAAAUGAAUGCGCCACAAUAACUGAUCAUUGCAUGUUGCACUCGACUGAUCGUUGUGUUGGUAACGAUCAUUCGAUAACGACGUCAGAUUGUGCGUCGAUGACUACAUAUCAUGAUCAUCAAAACAGUAUGCACGUUCAGACUGAUGCAACACCAACCAGGUCAAUACUUGUUGGUACAAGAACUGUGGAAACAUUCGAGCAAGGUGUUGAGACAGAUAAAAAAACAAUGAAAGAUUCAUCAACGGUUUAUGAAGAUAUCCAACCAGAGUUGCCGGCAACAGCGAGCACUUCGUCACAAACCGAAGCUAUUACGGAGAUCUGUGAUUAUUUACCUAAUACGUCCUCCAUCUGUUCAGAAGCGGUUGCAACACAAACUGAAUUUGAACCGGAGCCAAGCGAGCCGCGUGUUUUGAACGAUUCUGAAAUCGCCGAAUCUUUAUGGUUGAUGCCUUGUCGGGAUACCACGGAUGUUGCUGUUGGUAAUGAUGAUGAUAUUGUCAGUGAAAUAACAAAUGAAAGGAGUAACAAAUAUUCGAACGAAACGGCGAUUCAAAGCAAAAUGAUCAUUGAUUCUAAUGUUGAUGAAGAUGAUGAGAAGGUUUCAGUUAUUGAAGAAACGCUAUCAGAUCCGGAAGCAAUUGGAUUCGGUGAGUCUGCAGAAGAGUCGCCUACUCGGCAACGUUGCGCAGACACCGUUGAUGAGCCGGAGACACGAUCGCGUGCACUUGGACAAGCUCGUGCAGCGAUCGUGAAAAAAAUGCUCAUCGAAAAAUCCCCGCAAUCAGAAACAAAUUUUAUUCGAGGAUCUUUUACGUCGAAAUCUUGUCGGGUAUCUAGUAAUAAGGGCGAUUCAUUGCAGUAUAUUGCUGAUCAGUACAAAACACAGGACCUUUCAUCAGUCGAUAGACGAUUACUGCUGAUAUGUCAUUUACAGAAUGGAUCAUCGCCUUCCAUACCGCAAACGCAGAAGGGAGCUCUCGUAGAGAAAGUCAUUUUGAAGAAGGAAAUGGCACCUGUAACUUCCAAAGUCCCUGAGCCAAUACCAGCCAGGAUUCCGCGACCGAAAAUUGCAAAAUAUAAUCCUGGUGAGGCGCAGGCACAGUCACCAGAUGAGGAAGCGGAAGUAGCGGAUCGUUUGACACCAUUGCGCUCCGAAAUGCGCACAUUACGAACGUUCACGAAUGGAAGAAUGGUGGUGCGAAAUGCCGCGGCUCAAUCUCCUCCAUCAAUAAAUAAUCACAAUGCAUCAUACGACAAUCCAGCGGUUGAAGAUGACAGCUCAACGUGCUCGUCAGAUUCAGAGGGCUCCUAUGAUACAAAUGAAGCGAAUUCAAGCAACACUCCACCACCGUUCGAGCUGUCUGAACCUUUAAAAGAAGCCCUUGACGCACUUCAAAAAGACUGUGAUAAUUCAGGCUCCGUAGAACGCACUACAGUAGAAUGGGCAAUGAAGUUCCUACAGCAUGAAUGGUUGAAGACAGCUGCUCGACGUACAGCCUGUGCGAGUCAAGUUGAAGGCUUCAUUGAAGCACUUGAACCAUAUUCGUCGAAAUUGCUUGCUCUCGUCGUCAACAUGACCGACCAAAAUGAGAAUACAGCACUUCAUUAUGCAGUUUCUCAUGGAAAUUUCGAUGUUGUAAGUGUGCUUCUUGAUACUACAGUGUGUUAUUUGGAUCAGCCAAAUAAGGCUGGUUAUACUCCAGUGAUGUUGGCUGCUUUGUGCGAAGUGAAUGAUGAAAUGGAAUCGGCCGUGAUUCACCGUCUUUUUCAACUCGGCAAUGUUAAUGCAAAAGCUGCUCAGCAUGGGCAAACCGCGUUGAUGCUGGCUGUCUCUCAUGGCAAAAUGAACACCACAAAAUUACUUUUACAGUGCAAUGCUGAUUUGAACAUACAAGACGAAGAAGGGUCAACGGCAUUGAUGUGCGCCGCUGAGCACGGACAUAAGGAUAUUGUAAAGUUUCUGCUCGCCCAACCUAAUAUUGACGCAUCACUUUCAGAUUGUGAUAGUUCAACAGCACUUUCAAUAGCUGUUGAAAAUGGACAUCGUGAUAUUGGUGUGCUCAUUUAUGCUCAUUUGAAUUACGGUCGUGCCGAACAAUCGUUGUCGCAACAGAACGGUGGCCCUAGUAGUUCAUUUUCAUUGAAGUAA